AUGGAGAAAACUUGGUUCCUCUAUUUAACAGCAGCAGCAGUAGUAGUGUCCUUGGCACAUUACUGUUUCUUACCUUGUUUGGCUAUGAAUGUUCCCAACUCCACCACUGAUCAAUUUGCUCUUUUAGCCUUCAAAGCCCAUAUCACUUUCGACAAUCCUCACCAUAUAUUGGCUGAUAACUGGUCCUCAGCCACCUCAGUCUGCGAUUGGAUUGGUGUCUCUUGCGGCAAGCGCCACCGCAGAGUGACAGCCUUGAAUCUCCCUGACAUGGGUAUUGGAGGCACCAUUCCAGCCCACAUAGGAAACCUCUCAUUUCUAUCGUACUUCAACAUUAUCAACAACACUUUCCAUGGUCAUCUUCCAGGUGAGAUGGCUCGAUUGCAUCGCCUAAAAGUUGUCGACUUCAGAAUCAACAAUUUCGGUGGAGGUGUUCCGGCAUGGUUUGGAAACUUACCCAAACUUCAAUACUUACUUCUCUCAAACAACAGUUUCACGGGUUCGGUUCCAGCUUCCAUUGGCAACAUAUCAACAUUAGAGUCUCUCGAUUUAACGUACAAUUUUCUGGAGGGAAGAGUUCCUGAAGAAAUCGGUUAUCUUCCUAAACUGAAGAGGUUAGAGAUGGAAUUUAAUCAAUUUUCGGGGUCUAUACCGCCAACCAUCUUCAACAUCUCAUCACUUGAAAUGAUUGAUUUCACACAUAAUAUGUUGUCUGGUAGUCUUCCGGAUGAUUUGUGUGUUUUUCUUCCGAAACUUAAAAUUCUUGCUCUUUCUGUGAAUGAGUUUGAUGGCCAAAUUCCAUCUACUUUGGGUGAAUGCAGACAGCUUCAAAUCAUAUCAUUGUCUUCCAAUAAAUUCAGUGGUUUCAUUCCAAAGGCAAUUGGAAAUUUAACUUUCCUUCAGAUUUUAUAUCUCGGUCUUAACAACUUUAAAGCUCUCCGACAGAGACACCCACAGACUGCCAUUGAAGACCUCGAAAUGAUCAUCCAAAACCUCUCUCCAGAUGGGGUUUCGAUGCUCCUCAAUUGCCUCUACGAAUCCACCGACCCAAAACCCGCCGUAAAGAAGGAGUCUCUCCGCCUCCUCACCGUCCUCUGCGCUUCCCAUGGCGAUUCCACGGCGACCCAUUUGACGAAAAUCAUUGCCCAAAUUGUGAAAAGGCUCAAAGACUCUGAUUGGGGGGGUUAG